AUGCUCCAGAAAUUGCUCCCAGCUGUCGUGUGUAUAUGUCUUGGCCUCGUCACGGCGCAGGAUGAAGGCAUUAUCGAGACGCUCAAUGGCGUGGCCGAGCUCUCAGACCUGGUGACUUACCUUGACAGGUUUCCUGAUCUGACCGUGUGGCUCCAAGGACUGUCCGAUAUCACCUUCCUGGCGCCCAACAACGAUGCAUUCGCGGCACUGGCAGAUUCCUCGACGAUCCCGAGCAUCCCGCUCGACGCGGCGGACGCGGAGGCCCUGAUGAGCUACCAUGUGCUGAACGGGACUUUUUAUAGCUUCAGCUCCGACGAAUACAGCCUCGUCACGACGGCAUUGUUAUCUUCGACGUACGAAAAUGUCACUGGAGGCCAGGUCCUCGCUGCCAAGGGGUCGCCAUGGUCUGAUGCGAUAUCAUUCACUUCUGGAAACCUCCAAACGUCAGAGACCGAGGGAAGCGCACUGGACUUCACUGGCGGCAUCAUCUACAUCAUCGACUCCUUCCUGACUCUUCCCGGGUCCUUCAAGGAAACCGUCGAGGCGGAGGAUAUGCUCGGGGGAUCCGCAUUCGCCGAGGCCGUGGUCACGACCGGAGGACAGCAACUGACCAUCGACCAACUGUCCGACGUCACGGUGUUUUUACCCAUGAACUACUCUCUACAGGAGAUUGGCAGCGUGAUUGAGAACAUGACCUGGACCGAGCUGGAGCGGCUGGUGUCGUACCAUGUCGUCGAUCAGCUCCUCGACAUCAAUCCUGACUCGCCGCCCAGCGGGAAGUAUGCGACGUACGAGGGCUCGGAGGUCACCAUCUUUAGCCAGAACGGCUUUGUCUUCAUCAACAACGCCCGCAUUGUCGGUUCUGCCGACUGGUUGUUCAGUGGCGGCAUGAUCUACACUAUUUACGGAGUGCUCAACCCGGACAACACCACGGUUGAUCCGAACAUCAACGACGCCGAGAUCGCAUUUGCCAAUGCGUCCUUCACGCUAGACUUCACGUUCCCCUCGCCCGGGUCACAGACGUCCCCUGCGGGCUCCUCGACAGGCGCGAGUUCGGGAGGGCUGUCCGGUGGAGCGAAAGCAGGCAUAGGCGUCGCCGUCGCGAUUGCCGCCGCCGCCAUCCUCCUCGCCGGAGCAUUCUUCCUCCUUCGCAGGAGACGUCGGAGCCCCGCGGGGCUGCCAAAAGGCUUCCAGUAUCCGAUCCAGUACCCGGUGCAAUAUCCGCUGAAGGACCUUGAGGUGUCGAUCUCGCACAGCGAGCUCGUGGCCAAAGCGGCCGCGCCCGCAAGGGGCCCUCUCAAGGACCUCACGCCCAGUGUCAGUGUUUACUCGCUGCCACCCCGAGGCUCAAGUGGCUAG